AUGUCCCCGACUCUUGAAUUCGCUGCCUCGAAUUUGCAGUCGCAUAAUUGCCCGCCGAGGCCUGAGGAAACACGGGCCGAUAACCUCAAGCAUGAUUCAGGCGCAGUCACCAUUAAAAGGAUCUCGAACAAUGGAAACCUUGCCUAUGUCAUUCAGGCAGGUGGACACAGAUACGUCGCCACGGCACAGGUUGGCAGCGGUGGGUUCGGUUAUGUCUGGUACGCCAUCAAGGACCGCAAAGAGGAGGUCGCGAUCAAGGUCAUCGACAAGGCUGGGUUGCUUGCGCAAUUUGCUUCCUGCGCCAAGGAUGAACGGCCAACUAUGCAACAAUUGCUUAAAGGCUCCCCCAGAGCAGUAGCGGUUGUUAGUGCUGAAUAUGAAACAUUCAAGCGCAUCACCGAAGAGCGAUCUCCAUUUUUGACUCCUUUGUUGCAUGCUUUUGAGGACGUGGAUAAUUUUUACUUCGUAAUGAGGUUCUACCCACAGACCCUUCGCACUAGGGCAAGAUUCGGAUUCAUGCAUUGGCAGUUGCGUCUUGUUGCUGCUGAGCUUCUUCUUGCUCUCCAGCAUCUCCACAAACUGCGCGUCGUACAUCUGGACUUGAAGAUGGAAAAUGUGCUUGUAACUCCGUCUGGUCACGUGUGCAUUGCAGAUUUUGGCAACGCCCAAGUUAUGGACCGCAAACUGAAUUAUCAGCAAUUCCACGAUGAACGCAUGUACGGUGUAUCGGGUACAGAUGGUUAUCUUCCUCCAGAGCGAAUUGGCGAAGACAGUGAAGCGCAGGGAUAUAACUUCAAGACAGACACAUGGACCUAUGGUACCAUCUUACUGGAGCUUUUUUUAAUAAAUGGUGGACACUGGUACUCUAUAUAUCAUUACAGUGACGGAACACAUAAAUUUGGCGACGACCGCAAGUUACCUGCGGGUUACGAUGGGGAGCGCCGACUGGCCUUCAUAAAACCGGGGGAUGAAAUUAGCCUCAUCCAAGAUAAGGAUGCCCAGGAUCUUCUUUUUUCUAUUUUCUACCCGAAACACCAUACCAUGAGGCCCGACUGGGAAUCGAUUCGCAGUCACCCGUUUUUUGCAAGCAUCAAUUGGAAGAAAUUAGAGGAACGGGGAUACGAUCCCAUGUUCAAAGCUUGCUUGGGCAACGCACCACUCCAAUCUGUAGACUCUGGAAAAAUUGCCAUCAGAUGCUCUCAUCCUCGGCUUCCGGAAUACAAGAAAGCUCUGCUCGAGCAGGGAAACGAUAAUAUUGCUCUCGGGCAAAUGCACAUGAACUACGAGUGCCCGACUGAAUUGGCACAUGAUCCUAUGCAUGGAGCGACUUGUAUGGCUCCAGGGGCUAAGGUGUUUCGGAGCCAUGUUUGCAAAUGUGAUUUGCCUGCCGACUGGAACAAGGGUAUCUAG